AUGAGUGAGUCUAAGCUGAUUGGCAAAGUAGAGCUGCUCGCCUGGGCCGCCUACACCACUGGCAUCUCUCCUUGCGGCACGUACAGGGACUUGAAGGAUGGACUUAUCUACCUCGCCUUGGCACGGCAACUCUUCCCUGGUGAGAUCGACAACGGCUUUGUGCGCCUACAGCGGCGCGGUGCUCGUGAUGCUACCAAGAACUGGUCUCUGCUCACCAGUUGCCUUCGGCGCCAUGGGAUCCCUACCCACUUGUGUAGCCGACAAGCUGUCGAGCGCGGCCACACACGCCACUGCUUCAACCUGCUGGUUCUCUUCUACUUCCUAGUGCGCUUGGCCCGCGGGGAUCAAUUUGCGGUGAAUUUUGCACAGCCGGUAGAUCCUGAGCUCGCCGCUUUCCUGCAGUCACCUGAAAGUCUGCUUGCAGUGGAUAGCACAGUGGACGUGGGUUUCGGCAAGGGCAGCACCAGCAGCGUGAGGGUGCCUGGCGUAGCGGACACCGAGGCAGACGGACGAGCGGACUCUGGCGUCCCUCUCAGCCUCACACGCUUGUCAUUUCCUUCAUCUGUUGCCUCAGUGUCCACGACGGCAGCGCAGGUGGCGCCGAUGGCACUGCCUCACUGCUCUACCAGCUUAUUAGCUGACAAUUCUUCAACUCACCUCACCCCUCUGCCGCAGCGGACGUGGGCAUGCGAGUGGAGCUUGACGCGCACUCCCUCGGAUGCUGCUGUGUGGCGCGCACCUCACAACAACAGUAGUAGGGAGACGGAGGAUUUGAAGCACUUCCCUAGCGCGGCUUACCACUCGACGUUAGCGCAGGGCGUGGCACGAGCACCUGCCCCGUGUGGUGGCGAACUGGCCACGGCACCUUUGUCUCCUCCACCCCCUCUUUUGUGCCCCUCUCCCUUCACCAUGCAUACUCCUCACUUCUACAGGCAGAACCAGCUGCUGAGAGAGGAGCUGCAGUAUGUCAAGGCAUUCAGUCAGCUUCUUCUGGAGCAGAAGCGAGGGUUGGAGGUGGCGGCUGAGAUGCGUGCGUCUGCCGCUCUGCGCGAGCAGCUAGCGAAGGCGGAGCUCAACCAUCUACGUCACGUUCGACAGGUGGAGGCGACACUGACAGCGGCGUCAGUGCAAGACGACGGUGCCACCGCUACUCCGUCGCCGCAACAGUGGGCAGCACUCGCGCAUCGAGCGGAGACUGCAGAGGCCACUGCGGAGCAGCUGUAUCGCGAGUGUCGCGAAAGCCAGCAAGCGUACGACUCAGCGCUGCAGCAUCUUCGUCAGGUAUUUUGCACUAUCACUGAUAUCGCGGCGGCAGCUCUCUCAUCAGGACCAUCCACCUCCGCUUACACAGGUGUUGACGCGUACGAGGAGACCGUGACGGCUGCGAUGAUGGCGCAACUCACCGGGGCGCCUCCUGUGCUAAAGGAUGCAUUUCAUGCGCAACUGCAAGCGCUGUUGCUGGCGCUGGCUAGCUUACGCAGCACCAAUGCACGUCUUCAGCAGGAUGCAGCAUCGGGCCCGCCAUCUCGCCACUUCGACGACGCGGGCAGAGACUGCGCACCGAGUCUCAGCGCCUUGCACGCAUCUUCCCUCCCAUUCGUGCGAGAAAGUCUCAAGACGGCUUGCACAGAGGCGCGCAGCGCCUGUCAAGGUGCGAGCCCGGACGUGCAGCGUGCCUUGCAACGCCUCACGCAUAUUGUUGACGUCCUCAGCAGUGACCUCGAUGCAGUGCAGCAGGACCAAGACAGGUGGGAGCAACGGUGCCGCCGCGCGAAAACCACGACGACUCAAGUCAGUGCAGCGUCACAGCGAGUGUGUGCCGAGGGUGAGACCCAGGGGCAGCAGGUCUCGAACACCCGAACGGCUGACCUUUCUUGCCUAUCCCAGGAGCGGCGUGCGCGGGCAGAGCAAUCCCUUCAGGAGAACCGGAGACUCUCUAGACAGGUGCAGGAGGUGCUCACCAUGGCAUUCUCCCCACAUGACUCCCACAGCAUGCAGUGGGCAAACGAUGAGUUGGUCGCGUUGCUCGGCGCGUACGUAAAAGCUCGCACACCAUACCCUGCCAUGGAAGAAGCGCUUGCCGAACAAGCGGAAACCAUUGCGACGUUGUUGGCAAAUCUUCGUCAGCAGCGGGAGGCGCGGGAACGAGCAGAGGCGCAGUUGAGUGAUGACGAGCAGCGGCGACAGGUGCUAGAACACAAGUGUGCUGCACUACAGGCUCAGCUGUGCAGUGCCACCGAGAAGCUCGACACGCAGAGAUGUGACUCGCAAGCGUGUGCGACAACCCCGCAUCGCGCGCAGCGGGACAAGGCCUCUUCUUCUUCCUUGACCGCACUCGCGAUUGCGCCGCUCGCAAAACUGUCCGCGAUUGCUACACAUGACACAGAGAAGCAUAUGGCAGUGAGUGAUACAGCGCUGUUGGCUUAUUCUUCUCGGCACGUCUCGAGCACGCCAAACCGCGGCACAUCCCAUGCGCUGUAUUCCUCACCUCACCUGCCCGGCGCCUUGCGCUCCCUCGCCACGUCUGAUGACCACGUGGAUGAUGUCGGGGAGCGCCGCCCAGUCGAUCACCAGCACGGUUUUCACACUGAUUUGCACCACCAUCAUGUGUCGCCGUCGUCUUUUCCAUCAGCCUCACUCUCCUUGUCUUCCUCCAAUGUCGCCACUGCAGGGGCCGAUGUACCAAAUGCGCCGAGAACGGAGCAGGCUGUCGUGGGGGCCUGCCUAGCUGCGCCAACUACUUCGCAGGUCAGAAGCACGCGGUUGUCGACAGAUCCCCUGGCAGUUGCCUCAGGCCCAUCGCUCUUGCUCUCAGCGGCGGAGCUGGAGCGGCGGAAGCAAGCGAUCUUGCGCAAGUAUGACAUGCCAUGA